AGAGACCCCAAGCCUAUGCUAUCACCAGAAAUGCCCCUUUUGUCUCAGAACCAGUAGUACUGUCACCUAACCCAGCUUGAGGGCAUCCCAGAAUUACAACAUCAUAUCAAAUACUAUGCUGGCAGUUCUAUUAUGGUGUCAUGCUUCACGGGUGCAGUUACAGCAGCUGAUUUUGCACCGCUGGUGGUUACUCGCAGGCUACGUGGUAGCCGCGCAACCCUGCCCAGCUCGCUAUAAUCUCGUGAGCCAUUUGAUCCGCUAUAAACAAGCCAUACUCUUCUAACCAUGGUCAAAGAUACAACCUACUACGACAUCUUGGGUGUUGGGCCCUCUGCCACCGAUACUGAAUUAAAGAAGGCGUACCGGAAACAGGCUAUCAAGCUCCAUCCGGAUAAGAACGGAAACGACCCCAAAGCAGCAGAAAAGUUCCAGGAAUUGGGAGAAGCAUACGGCAUUCUCCAAGACAAGGACUCCAGACAAUUGUAUGAUGAGUUGGGAGUCGAUGGAUUGAAGGCCAAUGGAGGCGCUGCUGCUGCUGCCGACAUUGAUGUCAACGAGUUCUUCAGUAAUAUCUUCGGAGGCGAAGGGUUCAUGUUAGGCGACGAUGAAGAAGAUGCAAAGGAAAACGGACCCGUGUCGGAAUCGCAGGAAUUACUGGUGGCAGAUGGUGAACAACACAUCAAUAAACACCAAGCCGAGUUGACGAGCGAGCAGAUCGAGAAGAAGAAGAAGCAAAAGAUGAGUCGCCACCAACGCGAGGAGAUUAUGAGACUUCAUGAAGAGUCCAAGGCAGCCAAGGAGAAGAGGGUGGACGAAUUGACACAGACCCUCAUUUCCAAAAUCGAGAGCUAUCAAUCCGCAUCUACUAACCCCGACUCCUUGGCCCAGUUUGUCAAGAAACUCGGCGACGAAUUUGAGGACUUAAAGCUCGAAAGUUUUGGCAUACAAUUAUUGCAUUUGAUAGGAAAGACUUAUACCACACAGGCCAGUGCAGCCAUUCUGUCCAAUAAAACAUUUGGUGUUUCUAAGAUUUUUACCAGUACCAAAACGAAGUUUGGCAACGUCAAGAAUGGAAUUUCCAUCUUGAAGACUGCCUUGGAUGCACAAUCUUCUGUUGAAGAAAUGGUAAGAGAACAGGAGCAAAUCCAAAGGGCCUUGGACGCGGGUGAAGAAGUUUCUCAGGCAGAAAUAUACAGACAGCAGGAAAUGGAAAGACUAGUUAUGGGCAAGUUCUUGAGUACAGCUUGGGCAUCCACCAAGUUUGAGGUUACUGGAGUGUUGAAUAAGGUUUUGGCCAAGACAUUGAAAGACAAGCAGUUAUCCAAGAAGGAAACUAUCCGCCGAGCUGAAGCCAUUUUGUUCAUCGGUAAGCAAAUGACUGCAGUACAAAGAACUCCACAAGAAGAAGAGGAAGCUAGAAUUUUUGAAGAAAUGAUGGCGGAUGCAACUGCCAAAAAAUCAAAAAAGAAAAGAAGCAAGGUCAGCGAGGGUGACAUCGAGGCAUUCGUAAACAAGGUGGAAGAGGAGAAUUAAGUGAAUUUCAAUAGGUGAUCAUCUAUGGAGAUGUUUUGUUUUCCCUCUUGAUCUUAGAGUAAAUAUUGGUGAGCAUGGGGAGAGAGUCCGUGAAAUUCUUUUGUACUUAUUGUCAGCGUUGUGUAAAUUCGUCGAGCCAUGUGCCGAUUUUGAUUAUUUAACUUAAAGAUACCUU